AUGGAAGUUAUAACAGAAAAACCAAAAGUACAAUUUAACUUUUAUGAUGAACAGAAAAAUAGCUAUAAUAAGAGUACUGAUUAUCCAGAAUUCUCUAAGGAUUGUAAUAUAGAUUAUCAACCUUAUUUUUAUACAAAUAGAAAAUUCCCUUUAGAUAAAAAUAGUGAACAAAGAAGACAAGAAUCUCCUAGUAGAAAACCAGGUUUAUGUGUCGAUGAAAUAUGUACGUGUGGAUUUCAUAGAUGUCCUAGAAUAAUCAAAUCGUUACCUUUUGAAGGAGAAAGUAAUUAUCGCAGCGAAUUUGGGCCCAAAGCUUUGCCUGAAUUGCCCCCUCCAAUUUAUAUGAAACCACCAAAAUCGUUACCUUUUGAAGGAGAAAGUAAUUAUCGAAGCGAAUUUGGGCCCAAGCCUUUACCUGAAUUACCACCUCAGAUUUAUAUGAAACCACCAAAAUCUUUGCCUUUUGAGGGAGAAAGUAAUUAUAGAAGCGAAUUUGGGCCCAAGCCUUUACCUGAAUUACCACCUCAGAUUUAUAUGAAACCACUAAAAUCUUUGCCUUUUGAGGGAGAAAGUAAUUAUAGAAGCGAAUUUGGCAUAAAACCUUUGCCAGAAUUACCACCAAGGGUAGAAACUAAAUUAGUGAAAUCAUUACCUUUUGAAGGUGAAAGUAAUUAUAGAAGCGAAUUUGGGCCCAAACCUUUACCAGAAUUACCACCAAGGGUAGAAACUAAAUUAGUGAAAUCAUUACCUUUUGAAGGUGAAAGUAAUUAUAGAAGCGAAUUUGGGCCUAAACCUUUGCCUGAAUUACCACCAAAAAUAUAUAUGCAACCACCAAAAGCAUUACCCUUUGAAGGAGAAAGUAAUUAUAGGAGUGAGUUUGGACCUAAGCCUUUACCAGAAUUACCCCCAAGAAUUGAAAUGAAAAUUCCAAAAUCGUUACCCUUCGAAGGUGAGAGUAAUUAUAGAAGCGAAUUCGGGCCCAAACCGUUGCCUGAAUUGCCACCAAAAAUAUAUAUGCAACCACCAAAAUCAUUACCCUUUGAGGGUGAAAGUAAUUACAGGAGUGAAUUCGGUCCUAAACCGUUACCUGAAUUACCACCAAGACAUGAAACUAAAUUAGUGAAACAAUUGCCUUUUGAAGGAGAGAGCAGUUAUAGAACAGAAUAUAUACGAAAGGUUCUUCCUGUUUGCCCAGUGGAUUUAUUACCUAAAUAUCCUACACCUACUUAUCCAUCUCAACAUGUAUUUUGGGAUAGAGAAACAAAAAGGUGGUACUAA